UACAUUACUGGUACACGGGUCAGAAGUGUGUGGUAUUGAGAAGGGCCUAGCUAGUGCAGAGACUAUCCGCAAGCGCGUACACGUCUCGGCUGGCUCCACAGCACAGGCUCGCUCUCCGAAAAAAACUUUUUAACACUCAGUCCACUUGCAACGCAAGAAGAGAGGCCCGCCGAGUCCACUUUUAGGAGCGACCUUGGAGAGAAAAGGGAAAGUCAAAACAAAGACAGACGCCAUAACCAUCAGGAGAAACUUUCAACGUGAAGAGGGAAUAGCUUAGCAACAGAGUCCCACUUCCUGAGGUGUAACGGAUCAAGCGCCUAACACCGUGGAUAUGGACACGCAGCCACAAGGACAGCAAGCAGCCGUUCCAGUCUUUCAACCACAGAAACCAUUGCAACCAGACAUGGGCCAUAACUCGCUGGCAAACUUCCAUAUUGAGAAGAAGAUUGGACGGGGCCAGUUCAGUGAGGUGUACAGGGCGAGGUACCUGUUAGACAACACGUCAAUGGCCCUGAAGAAAGUCCAGAUAUUCGACUUGAUGGAUGCCAAAGCUCGGCAAGAUUGCAUCAAAGAGAUAGAUCUCCUUAAGCAAUUGAACCACCCCAAUGUGAUAAAGUACCAUGCGUCUUUUAUUGAGGACAAUGAGCUGAACAUUGUGCUGGAGCUAGCUGAUGCAGGGGACCUCUCACGUAUGAUCAAGCACUUUAAGAAGCAGAGGAGGCUCAUCCCAGAGAGAACAGUGUGGAAAUACUUUGUCCAACUGUGCAGUGCUCUCGAACACAUGCACUCCCGGAGAGUCAUGCACAGAGAUAUCAAGCCAGCCAAUGUAUUCAUCACAGCUACAGGAGUAGUGAAACUAGGAGACUUGGGACUGGGACGGUUCUUCAGCUCCAAAACAACCGCCGCUCACUCACUAGUGGGUACUCCUUACUACAUGUCACCGGAGAGGAUACAUGAAAACGGAUACAACUUCAAAUCUGACAUCUGGUCGCUAGGAUGCCUGCUCUAUGAGAUGGCAGCCCUGCAGAGUCCGUUCUAUGGGGAUAAGAUGAAUCUUUACUCCCUUUGUAAGAAGAUAGAACAGUGUGACUACCCCCCUCUUCCCUCAGAUCACUACUCAGAGGAGCUGAGGAACUUGGUAGAUAUGUGCAUCAACCCAGACCCGGAGAAGAGGCCGGACAUCACCUACGUGUACGACAUUGCCAAACACAUGCAGAACCUGACACAGGGCAGCUAAGCCCAGAGUUACACACCUAUAGCUUGCAGAACUCCUCCCUACUUCCCUCCUGCUUUUCAUGCUGGACUCGUACAAAUCUAUCAGCUUUUAUACAAUAACUAACUCCAGAGUUUUGCUCCUUGUGAUAAGUAGUACGUGUAACAGAUUAAUUUUUAAGGUCAGGGUACAGUCUAUAAUAUGAUUGACACCCAUACCUUUUCUGCCCUAGGAUAAAGAUUAGAGAGAUUAUAUUUUUUUUUGUCAGAUGGACCCUUCCAUUCCUUAGACUUCAAUAAUGUUACAGCACUGAAAAGCAAGUGUAUUGUAACUCACUAAUGUGUUUAACUGCAAUGGCUUAAAAACGCAUAUCCUUUGUAUUUAUAUAUGGUGAAGGAAAGUGGUUCUUCAGCAGCUGCUAUGAGCAGAUGCUAUUUAAAGCAGAUAUUGGUAAAAUUAGGCAUUUCCUUUCAAAUUUUGCAAAUAUCAGGAACAUAUAAAAAUGACUUUGUAUGGUUUGGCGGCCAUCGUGAAACCUAUGGUCAGCACAAAAAAGACCAUGAAAACUUUGAAAACAAUAGUAACAUUGGAGUGAAGAGAUUUUCACUCAAUGGCGGCAAAACUGAGAGACGCAACAGAGGGUUAUUGGUGGAAGCGUUCUUGUGUUGCACUUUUUAUCGUGGUACUGGGAGGCGGGCAGGGUGAUCAUGUCUAAUGAAUGUAUUGGGAAAGGAAGGAUCAUUUAGAGGGUAGAGUACAGACGUGCCGGGGGGAGAACAUGGGCAAAUGUCUCCACAACACUUUGAAUGUUAGUCAUUUUGACACCUAUGUAUUGUCUUUGAAAAAAUCUGAAUGGCUCUGUUUUGACAGCCUAGAAGGAGUUGUAGGAGCUUUAACAAAAGCUGUUUUACAUCUUCUGUUUACCUUAGUCACUGACACCAAAAGAUGUCCUUCUUGGCUCAACUUAAAGGGAUAGUUUGGAUAUUUUGAAGUGGGGCUGUGAGGCAUUUAUCCAUAGUCAGUGUAUUACCUACAGUAUAUUGUCGCUGGCAUGCUCACAGUUUGGAGAAGCCGACAGGAGUACCGACACUGCUAACGAGGGUUGCAGCAAAAUGUAUUUCAGCCACCUAAAGAUAGAGCACCUAAAAAAAAUAAAAUAAAAAAAUUGAUAUCUGUUGUGUACACUAUAUUUAGACUAUUUUCACUAGACUUUUUUACCUUGCUGUCUUAUAACUCUUUCUGACGAGGAACUGAAGCCGUUGUAUUCUGUACAUCUCUUCAAAGCCACCAAACUCCUCUGACAGAAACAGUAAUGUACCUCACAGAACACAGGAGUUGCUGGUCUACUGCUGCAUCAAUUGGUUAGUUUGUUAGUGUUGUUGUGGGACUUUGGUGAAACCGUACUAACCCUUUAAAACACUAGUAAUACACUAUGGAUAAGUACCUCAUAAAACCCCACUUCAAAUAUCCAAACUACCCCCUAUUUUUUAUUUUUUUUAUCUAAAAAAUUGAAGACAAUGAAGACAUGGGAAGAAAAAUGAUCAAAGUCAAAAUACAUAGUCGUCCAUCAUGGUCCAGUGGCUGCAUUUGACCCACCAGAAAGUUAGUCUAUGUGGACAAAGUUGUGUAACAGUUAAUGUUGCUGUGUGAGUUUGCAGUGUAGUUUUCUUGUUGAGUAACAAAUAUGUUAAAGAGAUAGCAGAUCCUUACCUUGUGUAGCCGUCCAGGUCAUUAGUAAAUCACAGCGUGCCUACCUAACUUGUCCAAAGAGAAAAUUUACUCAUAGAGAGAGCAGUUUAUAUAUAUAUGUUAAGGUAUCUUUUAUGAAAUGUAUAUCAAAGAGUUGUACUGAAAAAAAAAAA